AGCAUAUUGCGCUUCCUCAUAAGUGAUGAGAUAUCCAUGGCGUGUCUGUUACACCGAUCACGGAUCAAACUCUUUCCAUCCAAAACUUCGAGUCUUCGGUUCGACGGUCGUGUAGACUGAAACUCCAGCAUGAGCACGAUUAAACGAAGUACAACAGGAUGCUGGACUUGUCGAGCAAGAAGAAAGAAAUGUGAUGAGAACGGUAUGCCCUGCUCCACCUGUCAAAGCUUGUGUUUACCAUGCUAUGGUUACGGCGAACGACCCGAUUGGUUAGAUGGUGCCAAGCUGGAAAAGGCUCAAAUGGAAAACUUCAAGAUGGUGGUAAAGUGCAACAAAUCACGGAGAUGUCGGCAGGUCUCCAACGUGUCCUUCCCUGACGUUGACACCGCGACCGCUGCGAAGAAUGUCAGCGCGGAGGCUCCAGUUGACACUGUCGCCGAGCUCGAUAUCAUGGUGGAUUUCGCCAAAGACCUAGAAUGGUCCAAUCAGAGAUACGAUUGCGCAGAGUUUGACUUCAAUCUUGGUCAUUGCAGUAUACCUCUCGAUAGUGUCCAGAUAUCCUCCACGCAGACUCCAUCUGUACCGCCCGGAAUAAUUGAUGCUGCGCUCCGAAUCCGAGAAUGUGCUGUCGGACACCCCGAGUUCGGAAUUUUUGAUACAUCGGUUGAUGACAUGAUGAUAAUCAUGGCACCGAAAGAUGUCCCCAACAAGUCAACGGACCUAUUGACACCUCUGUCUGACUUAUCGAGGGCACCCUCGUCACCUCCUAUCUCGUCACGAGACUCUUCCGACCGCAGAACUGAGCUUCGAGCUCCCGCAUUGUCUGUUUCAUCUCUGGUCCUGUCCGGCUUGUCGGCAGACGAUCAGAGUACCUGGCAGUAUUAUACAAAGACCAUCUUCCCCUCUAUGUUCCAGUUCUUGCUACAGGACACUUCGCAGCAAAUAUGCGCUCAUACAAUGCAACCAGAACUGGAGUCCUGUCUAUGCUUACAGCAAAUCAUUCCCUAUGUCAAACGAUUUCAAGCUUCUGAGCUCAUAAGGUUCGGACUGAAAGGACCCGCAGAUCUAAAUGCAGGGAAAGAAAGUCGUGCUCUCGAACCAGCUCCGUGGAAACAUAAUAACUUAAGCCCAGCCUGUCUUGUGCAUGUCAUUUUGGCUCAAAUACUUCUAGGCGAGAACGGAUGGUCCAACAUAUUCGAAUAUCUUUCCCAGAACGUCUCUGUCCAAGGAAUCGAUCAAAGCUGGAGUUUUAGCGUGCAAGUUUUGUCACUCUUGGAAGUACUGGCUUCCACGGUCACCGGCAAAGCACCGAACUUCGCUUCGAAUCACUUGGGUCUGAUAGACAACUCCGACAUGUUAGGUUGUGUGACUGGCGUAGAGCGGUGGUUACUCCACUGCCUGAUCCGAGUCAUCAAUCUUCGAACUUGGAAGCAGGAGCAGCUAUCCAAAGCAUCACUCAGUGUGACCGAGCUCAUAGCUACCGCUCUAUCCAUCGACGACGAUCUGAAGCAAGGGCGUGUUCGCAACGAACCAGGCCGUGAGCUCGGAGACCGCGUCAGAUCGGCGUUCAUGAAAGUCUUCGAAGCAGCCUCUGCUGUAUUCUUGCAGUGCACUUUGUCUGGUUCCCGACCUGAGAUUGUUGAAAUUCAGCGAAAGGUGAUGAUGACCAUUGAAGCACUGAACGAUCUGCCGCAAGCUGCGUUGCUCAGACGGCUGACGUGGCCGGUGUGUAUUGCUGCUUCAAUGGCCAUCGUACCUGCUCAGCAAGAGUUUUUCCGAAGACUCCAUGCAAAAGUCAAUAUGGUGUGGGGCCCAGACGAGAACAUUUGCCGAGCCCUGAGAGUAGCGUUCGAAUGCUGGCGGUUACGUGAACAUUCACCUGCUGGCAGAACGUGUGAUUGGCUAGAUGGCAUGAAGAGUUUGGACUGCUUUCUGCUGUUGUUCUGAGAAGUUGAAUAAUCAAGUUUUAGCUAGCAAGUCCGCCUAAUUGUGCCUUGGUGGACAGGUACUCUCGUAAGGAUGCUUGAACCACAUUUGCUUAUGUACGUAGAUCGUCUGUAUACAUUUGGGUACCGAAUGGAACUCCCAGC